AUGCUGGGGCCUCGGCUGCUGCUGCUGCUGUCCUGCGGGGGAGCCCUGCUGGGCGCCGGUCUGGACGACACCUCCUUUGCCCACCCAGGACCCCAGGGGCUGAAGGUCUCCCCACAGCCAGUGGGCCUGGGACUUGGGAGGCCGCGAGCAGGGGCUCCCCAGGGGCCCUGCCGGCCGGGGGACCCAGAAGCCCGAGACCCACCAGCUCCCUCCACAGCGCCCGGCAGGGGCUGGUGCUCCACAUGGGGGACCGGCCACUUCUCCACCUUCGACGGCCACAUGUAUGACUUCGAGGGGACCUGCAACUACAUCUUUGCGGCCAUCUGCAAGGACGCCUCCUCUCCCACCUUCAGCGUCCAGCUGCGGCGAGGGCCCGGCGGGGACAUCUCCCGGGUCAUCGUGGAGCUGGGGGCCUCGGUGGUCACGGUGCAGCAGGGAGCCAUCUCCAUUAAGGAUGUGGGGUCGGUCAGGGACCAGGGCCAUGGCUGGGGGGUGGGGAGAGGGUUCCGGGGACGAGGGAAUGGCCAGGGCGAGGGCAGCUGCUGCAACGGGCUGCAGAUCACCCCCUUCGGCCAGAGCGUGCGGCUGGUGGCCAAGCAGCUGGAGCUGGAGCUGGUGGUGAUGUGGGGCCCCGGCGCCCACCUCAUGGUCCUGGUGGAGGACAGGCACAUGGGCAGGAUGUGCGGGCUCUGCGGGAACUUUGACGGCGAGAAGACCAAUGAGUUUCUGAACGAGGAUGGCACGCACCUGGAGCCCCACAAGUACGCCGCCCUCCAGAAGCUGGACGACCCCAACGAGAUCUGCACCCACGAGGCCAUCCCCGGCCCCCGGGUCCUGCAAGCAGAGCAUGUAUGGCCCCGUGUACAUACAGCCCUGGGCCAGUGCCCGGCCAACCAGGUGUACCAGGAGUGCGGCGAGGCCUGCGUCAAGACCUGCUCCAACCCACAGCACAGCUGUGCCCGCUUCUGCACCUUCGGCUGCUUCUGCCCAGAAGGCGGCUCCUUUGUGACCACGUUCGACGCCAGGCCCUACCGCUUCCACGGCACCUGCACCUACACCCUCCUCCAGAGCCCCCAGCUCCCCGACGGGGGCUCCCUCAUGGCCGCCUACGACAAGUCUGGGUACUCGCAUUCGGAGACCUCCCUGGUCGCCCUCAUCUACGUGUCCAGCCAGGACAAGAUCGUGAUUUCCCAGGAUGAGCUGGUCACCAACCACGGAGACACCAAGUGGCUGCCAUACAAGACCGGCAACAUCACGGUCUUCAAGCAGACGUCCACCCACCUGCAGAUGGCCACCACCUUCGGGCUCGAGCUGGUGGUGCAGCUGCAGCCCGUGUUCCAGGCCUACGUCACCGUCGGGCCUCAGUUCAGAGGCCAGACUCGAGGGCUCUGCGGCAACUUCAACGGGGACACGACGGAUGACUUCACGACCAGCAUGGAGGUGUGCGCGGAGACCCACUGUGCGGUGCUGGUGAACAAGGGCACGGUCUUCGAGAGGUGCCACGCCGUGGUGAACCCCAAGCCCUUCUACAGGGUAGGCGGGGCUCGCACGUGGCCAGGAGGGCUGCGGGGUCGGGCACCUUGGGGACAGGGUGUGGAUGGCUUCCCGCACAUCUGUGCCGCCCUGGGGGACUACGCCCACACCUGCGCCUCCAGGGGCAUCCUGCUCUGGGGCUGGAGAAGCAGCGUGGACAACUGCACCGUCCCCUGCACGGGCAACCAGACGUACAGCUAUGACAGCCGGGCCUGCGGCCGCACCUGCUUCUCACUGUCCGACCGCGCCGCCGAGUGCCACCCCAGUGCCGUGCCCGUGGAAGGCUGCAACACCCACAAGCUCAUCCUGGCCGGCCAGUCCACUGUGGUCGAGGGCGUCAUCUGGUGCCUACUGUUCCAAUGGGCGGCUGAGCUGCCCUGGGCGGCCGUCGAUGCUCCUGGGUACGUAGUGCAGCGGAGCGGCGCCCUGGACUGCGAGGAGCCCUGGCCUCCGCUGAGCCCGCCUCACCAGCCCCCUUCCCUGCAGCCUCCUGCUCGGCCCCCAAGACAUUCCAGUCCUGCAGCCAGUCCUCAAGGAACAAGUUUGGGGCCCUGUGCCCCCACGUGCCAGAUGCUGGCCACGGGCACCCCCUGCGUGCCCACCAAGUGCGAGCCCGGCUGCGUCUGUGCCGAGGGGCUCUACGAGAACGCCAGCGGGCAGUGCGUGCCCCCCGAGGAGUGCCCGUGCGAGUUUGCGGGGGUCUCCUACCCCCGGGGUGCCGAGCUCCACACUGACUGUAAGGCCUGCACCUGCUCGAGGGGGAAGUGGGUGUGCCAGCAGAGCGCCCACUGCUCGUCCACCUGCACCCUCUAUGGGGAAGGCCAUGUGGUCACCUUCGACGGGCAGCGCUUCGUGUUUGAGGGCAGCUGCGAGUACAUCCUGGCCACGGAUGGCUGCGGCACCAAUGACUCCCGGCCCACCUUCAAGAUCCUCACGGAGAACGUCGUGUGCGGGAAAUCGGGUGUCACCUGCUCCCGGGCCAUCAGGAUGUUCCUGGGAGGCUUGUCCAUCGUACUGGCGGACAGGAACUACACGGUCAGCGGGACAGACCCCCAGGUGCACUUCCGGGUCAGGGCUGGCUCCCUGCACCUGGUGUUGGACGUCACCAUCGGCAGCAGCUACAACCUGACCCUCAUCUGGAACAAGCACAUGACCGUCUCCAUCAAGAUCUCGCGAGCCUCACAGGACGCCCUGUGCGGCUUGUGCGGCAACUACAACGGGAACAUGAAGGACGACUUUGAGACACGCAGCAAGUACGUGGCGUCCAGCGAGCUGGAGUUUGUGAAUUCGUGGAAGGAGAGCCCGCUGUGCGGAGACGCCAGACUCGCGCUGGACCCCUGCAGCCUCACCGCCUUCCGCCGCGCCUGGGCCGAGCGCAAGUGCAGCAUCAUCAAUAGCCAGACCUUCGCCGCCUGCCACAGCCUGGGGGGCUGCGCCGCGGGGGUGUACCGCCUGCCCUACUACGAGGCCUGCGUGCGCGACACGUGUGGGUGCGACACGGGUGGGGACUGUGAGUGCCUGUGCGACGCUGUGGCCGCCUACGCCAAGGCCUGCCUGGACAAGGGCGUGUGCGUGGACUGGAGGGCCCCCGACUUCUGCCCCAUCUACUGCGACUUCUACAACUCCCACACGCGGGCGGGCGAUGGUCAGUACCAGCACACCCCGGAGACCAACUGCACGUGGCACUACCGGCCGUGCCUCUGCCCCCAGCAGCUGCAGAGCCUUCCAGACACCAACAUCGAAGGCUGCUACAACUGCUCCCAGGACGAGUACUUCGACCAGGACACGGGGACGUGCGUGCAGUGCAUGCUGCUGCCCACCACGCCGCCGCCGCCCACCACAGGUGAAUGUGCACACACUAGGUGCCAAGGUGAAGCAGCGCUCUCCCCGGGCUCAUCCCUGGGUAGCCGUCAGCCCAGCCUGUGCCCAUCCCAACAGCUGCUGGCUGGCAUGUGGGCAAGGCUGGGGUGCACCUGGGUUGUCCUGGGCUGCCCCACAAGGCGGGGGCAAGCGGCGCUGACCAGGACAGCAGAGGGGAGGGGCAUGGAAAGCUUAUCCUGGCUGACCAGCCCCGCCGUGCUGGACAGCCACUGCCACAGCAAGGCCGAAGGGGCUGGGAUGCUGCCCUCAGCGGGGCACUAGCCUUUGCACCCUGUGCCUCCUGUCCAGCCCACCUGGGGGUGGGGGCUACAUGGCUCAGCAGGCAAGCGAGGGGACUCCUCCCAGGGUUAGGCCCGGACUCACAGCCCUUCUGCCUCACUCAGGCUCGCCCUCCACAGAAGCCAGGCCCACCUCGGCCACCCCCAACAUCACAGCCACCCCCAGAACCACUGGGCCCCUCAGCUCCACGGCACCCUCACCAAGCCCCCACGCCACACCUGCAACCCCCACGGCCUCGGCCCCCGCCUCCACACAGACAGGCACAGCCCCGACCCUGCGGCCAGAACCCACAGUCUCCUCAGGAGGUGAGGACGCCCUGCGGUGGCGGAACACGUGACGAUCAGACAUGCUCCCGAGGGUGCGGGCAGAUGCUCAGCAUAGCGGGUGGGGUUGAAGGACCAGCUGCUGUGGGACGUGGCAGUUCCAGGCUGCCUGGCACUAUCACUGAAGCAUGUGGGACCUGCAGACGCAGGGAGCCCACACAGCAGCCCCUGCCGCUGCCCAGGGACCAGGGGGGACAUGGCAUGGGUCCUGCUAGCAAGGGCAGGUGAAGGGCCAGCCGGCGCCCAGUGAGCCCAUGGCCACCGGACAAGCAGCUGAGGAAGGAUGUGCGUGUUGGCGAGGGGAAGGCACACGCCCUUCUCGAAGGGGCUCAGCGUGCCCGCGGGCCAGGCUCCUGUGGCACAGGUGGGGCAGGGAAAGGGGAGGGCAGAUGGUCCUGUUCCCUGCAGAGCCGCCUAGAACAACCUCCGCCAUCACCACACGAGCCACGUCAGGACCAGCCGCCACAGCCACCCCCAGGUCAACAGCCACGGGGCCUACUGUGACUCAGGCCACCACACAGCCCACCGCACCCCUGCUCAGCACAGCCACGCAAUCCACAGCGCGGUCCACAGUGCGCACCACAGCGGCAUGGCCAACACCAACCAAACCAGAAACCACCACGGGGUCCCAGGGUAAGGCUACCCCAUGAGGUCCCCACAGAGGGGAGAUAGCACAGGUGCUCCAACGCCCAGCCCAGGCUGGGGAACUGCGUAUGAGAACAGGCCACAGAUUCCCAGGGGGGACGCCUAAAACUCAAAAGGGGGGCAGCCAGCCCAGCAACCAGCCUGAGCCGACAGCUAACCACAUGCUCUCUGCACCUCUCCCCGCACAGCACCUACAGGCCCACCCACCACGGCUGCCCCCACACCAGGUGAGCACAGGGGUCCCAAAGGCACUGGAUCUAGAGGGCAGUGACCGGGUUUGAAAUCAGGGCCAAAAGUCCAAACUGCAGAACGAUCCCACAGGAAAGAGCCCGAGAGUACCUGAACCCAUCAUAGCACCCUCUGCGAGGGGAAAGAGGGACCAAAAACACC